CUCAGCUGAGUCUGUUUAGGUCUUGGCGCAACUUGCGUCAUGGCCUCGGUUCGCUUCGUGCUUCGGCACUUAGAAAGUGAGGGGGCCUUAGAGCCUUGUUAGUCUCAGUUUCCUGUCCGUGGCGAAGUCCCUGCUCCAUCUCCUUCCUCCGCCCCACGGGAGACCUGUCGGUAGAGCCCCUGCCUGAGAGCUGCUUGAAACUCUGCUAGUAUAUCACUAGCUGCAGAAUGUUCCCUUUUGACAUCUUUGUCCUAUCUGCAUAACUUCUAUAGACUGCUGUGGGAAUCAGAGUUCUUCAUAUCUAGAGAAACACUUGGAUCACAAUCUUUCAUGGCAUCCAGAGAACCAGAUGUGCCUGCCAUUGAGCACAGUGCAGGUGGGCUUCUAGGCAAGAUGUCCCUACCAAUUGGAAUGCAUCGUCGGGCAUUCAGUUAUGAUGAUGUACUGGAGGAUCCUACACCGAUGACUCCGCCUUCAUCUGACAUGUGCAGUAAGGUUCUAUGGAAAAAGCCGGUCAUCCCAGAUCGGAAGUACCAACAGCUUUCCAAGGUUGAGGAUGGAGAAACUAGUUUGUCCUCUCCUUCCAUAACCCCCUCAGCUUCCAGUGACCAAAUGAACAAGGUCCCAGUGGUGAAGGCCAAAGCUACGCAUGUCAUCAUGAAUUCUCUAAUUACAAAACAGACACAAGAGAGCAUCCAACGCUUUGAACAGCAAGCAGGGCUGAGAGACGCAGGAUAUACUCCCCAUAAAGGCCUUACCACAGAAGAAGCCAAGUACCAUCGUGUGGCGGAGGCAGUCCAUAAAUUGAAGUUGCAAAAUGGAGAAAUAACAAAAGAUGAUAGAUUGACCGUUUCAGCCCAGUCCACUCCAAGUGGCACACCCCAUUCUUCUCCCAGGCAAAAGCCCAGAGGUUGGUUUGCUCAUGGAUCUUCUAAUUCUUUACCGGGCCUAGAAAUCAGCAGUAUGGACUCUGGAAAUGGCGAUAGAGACAAACCCUCAUCUGAAAAAUGGAGCCUUUUUGGACCAAGAACCCUUCAGAAAUCUGAUUCAGGUUUCAGUAUCCAGACCUACAGAGGUACUCAGAAACCAUUACCAGUGGAGCUCAUUCGUGCUCAGGCUACUAGAAUUGCAGAAGACCCAGCGGCCUUCAAGCCACCUAAGAUGGACCUUCCAGUAAUGGAAGGAAAGAAACCAGCUCCACGUGUCCAUAACCUCAAACCAAGAGACAUGAAUGUGUUGACUCCCACAGGGUUCUAAAGCUCCCUUUUCAUAUGAGCAAAGUUGCAUUUCCUGUUGACCCAGUUAUGUAGAGAGAGGAUAUUGUAGGCAGACUUUUCCUUCUUCCCAUCCACUUUGCACUUGACAUAGGAAAGAUGUCAUCCAUUUACAAUUCUGCUGAUGAAGAUAGUAUUCCUGGGGAGGUAGUGAUUGUUUCUUUAAUUAUUUGUGGCAAAGCUUGACUCUUUCUAAUACUAGAAGACCUAUUUUGUAAAGACCCAAAAUUGAUCUGAAUAAACUUCUCACAGCACAGUCAACCACACCCAACUACAGAUCUUUAGAACUAGAUUGCAAGGGAUAAGAGGAAUAAUUAAAAUCUGGUAGACUUUUGUUCUGCAUAUUUAUCCAAGGUAAAUAUAUUUGUUUGGUGUUUCUUUUCCUUGAUAAGUAAUAUUCCCAUUUUCCAGCUUAGAUGCUGUGUAUGCUUCUUAGAAAAUCAAAGCUGGUCUAGAAUCAAAGCAGCAAUUCAGGAGCCUUGUGUCCUGGUCUCUAAUGGGGAAUGCCCAUUGGAAAUGGAGACUCUGACACUAACUUUUAUGUCAAAGAUAUUUAAAAGGUAUCAUUAGUCCUUUGGUUAUAGGCUUGAAGUAGGAGGAGAUCUGGUCUACCCUGCCUCCUACCAAAGUGGGCUUUUCUUUUUGGAACCCUCAUACAUUGUGGUUUGUGACUGGAAUGGUGAAAUCUUUGCUGCUUCUAGUAAAAAAAGUGGUCAUUGUUCACUUUGGCAAUAAGCUCACACAGACUACCAACUGAUUCUGUUAUUAACGGAGAUUCUGUGCAAUGUUUUGUGCUGUUAAGAGUUUUAAAAACUUGAACUGAAGUAAGCUCAGUAUAGUUCUUCAGUGAUCUGAGAUAAAUCAUCUUGUGACUUUUACCCUCACUUAGUAUUGGCCUGAAUCCUUUCUUGGUAGAAAAGUAUGAGGAAAUAAAAGCUUUUCAACUUGAGAACUUAAAAAAAAAAAAAAAAAACCAAACAACCCCAAAACGAUGAUAUCAUCCCUUUAACUGUUGUGUGUGUUCUCCCUGCCACCCCCACCCCCCAUGUGUUUGAAGUAAUAAUUUUAUUACUCUUUUA